AUGUCUACACUGCCACAGCCACCGAGGACGGCCGCCGGCCCACAAAUGGGCGCAUUACCCCAGUUGCCAGCGCCGAAAUCGCGAAAAAGUCUACCUGCAUCCGCCGAAUCCUCAAGGGCGGCAUCUCCCUCCAAAUUGCGCACACCUUCCAGUCCCAGACCGACACCUAGCAAGUCCCCACUAUCCAAUUCAACAACCAAUAUUAGCGCUACCAUAUCAACCUCAGCGGCCAGAGUUCCCAGUAGUCCGGACAAAUCUCUGCGAAGAACAAUCAGCAUAGCGGCAUUCCCUCAACCACCUAGGCCAGGAAGUCGGCCUUCCACCGCAUCGUCAACGGCGGCCCCUCACGGUUUACAGUCGUCUGGAAGCGUGAAGUCAAAGAGGGGUUCGCGUCCCAGUGUUGGGACUGCUAGCCAGAGGAGCUCGAAGACACAUUCAUUACUGAGCAUGGGAGGAGAGGGAAAAUCAAUUCCGCACGCGGAAUUGGAGGGCUCACCUUCCCAGAGCAGAAGCUCCUCUGCGGAAGGAUCUUACUCGACAAGUGCCACUACGUUUGAUGAAGGCGAUGAAACAGCUGGGACAUCAAGAUCCAACGCUAGAUCAAAGGAGACAAAGGGAAAUGUCAUAGUCAGUGUCAGAGUGAGGCCAAAUGUCAGCGGCGAGAGCUCGGCCAAUCCCGAAUGGAUGGUGGAUUCUCGUCGAGGCUUACUUGUGUAUAACGGGAAGGAGGGCGGAGAUUACUACUACGACAACGUCUUUUCAGCGAUUGAAAAUAACGCUCGGGUCUACGACUCCGCUGCCAAACGUCUGGUGAGAAGAGUGAUGGAGGGUUACCAUGGCACAGUCUUUGCUUAUGGCAUGACCGGAACUGGCAAAACAUUUUCGAUGCAAGGAACUGCAACCUCUCCUGGAGUGAUACCAUUGGCCAUCACGGACAUAUUCUCGUUCAUCAGAGAGACCCCACAUCGGGAGUUUUUACUUCGCGUCAGCUACCUCGAAAUUUACAAUGAGAAGAUCCACGAUCUUCUUUCCGCCAGUUCGGCUGUUGCGUCACAGGAGGAGAUUAAGUUACGUGAAGACAGCAAGCGGGGCGUGUAUGCAACCCCUUUAAAAGAGGAAAUUGUGCAGAGUCCAACACAGCUUCUCCGCGUUAUUGCAAGAGGUGACCACGCGAGGAGGACAGGCAGUACUCAGUUCAACGCUCGCAGCUCGCGAAGUCAUGCAGUGGUUCAAAUUGUCGUUGAAAGUAGGGAGCGAGUGCCUACAGGUACUGCACAAGACAGGAGAUCCGGCCUAGCCCCCGGUGGGGUUCGAGUAUCAACAUUGAGCUUGAUCGAUCUCGCAGGAUCUGAGCGAGCGGCUGAUGAUAAGGAGCGACGUACGGAAGGUGCACAUAUUAAUAAGAGCCUUCUGACUCUGGGAAAUAUCAUUUCAAGGCUGUCGGAGACCAAAGGCAACACUUCCCAAUCAGAAGGAAAGCACCUGCCUUUUCGCGAUAGUAAACUCACGAGAUUGUUGCAGCCAGCUUUGUCUGGCAAUUCUCUGGUCAGUAUCCUCUGUACCGUCCAGCUGGGCAGUAUGAUGAAUGCAAAUUCGGGGGAAACCUUGAACACUCUGAAAUUUGCUGCUCGGGCAAAAAACAAUAUUGUCAGUCAUGCCAAAAGGGCAGAAGAGGCGUUUGGUGGCGGUGGAGGUGACGCAGGCAGCCGCGUGCUUCUCGAACGGUACCGUGUGGAAAUUCAAGCUUUGCGCGGUCAACUCGAAAGUCAAACGAAGGUCCAAGCUGAAAAAGAGCUCAAACUGGAAGAACAGAAACUGGAGCAGGAGGCGCAGGAGCGCCACGAAGAGCAGAUGCUGGAAAUGCAGCUAGCCCGAACUGCACUCAAAGAACGGAUAGAGCAUUUGAACCGGCUCAUUCUAAGCUCGAAAUCUACUGGUGUCAAUACACAGGGCGCCAUGUCUGCUCUUGGCCGACUAUCCAGACUGUCUUCCAUAGAUCCGGGCUCUCGAUCUCUGCGCUCUUCCGUGAGUCAAUCCACACUCGGCGGUUAUGGGCAUUCGUCCAUACGACCGGUUUCUUUCCUUUCUGUUAAUAGCCAGGAAUUUCCUAUGAACUUACACCUAGGUAAUGAGGAUGAGGAGGAUACGAUGGGCGAGUUUGCAGAUGGGAAAGCAAGCGCUCAAAGACAGAUUACCGCUCUUCAGGCCGACCUCACAGACAAAAAUCGAUACAUUGCAACCCUAGAAAGACGGCUGCUUCAGGCUCGGCGUUCUAGUCACUCUCGCAUGUCAAUGGGUAUCAAACAUUCGGAUGAUAGCGACCUUAUUGCCCAGCUCCGAGAAAAGGACAUGGAAAUCAACGAGCUUCGCCUUCAGUUGGACGAUAAGGAUCGCAUGCUUACUGCCCUUCGCUCGGCUGCUCGACAUCGCGACCUGGCGCAGCUCACCUUAGAUACUCAAUCGGCUGGUACUAAAGACAAGGGAGCCACCAGUUCUCCUGGCCGAGAAUCCCCGGCCCCUGAUUCAGGGGUGAAGCGUCCAACUCCUUCGGCUGAGCUCGACCCUGGGACAAAGCGAAAAAGCAUGGACGAAGUUUCCCGGAUCCUUGAUGAGAUGAUCCAAGAUCGUGUUGAAAGUGGCCAUUUGAUUAAGGGUUCCCGCGGCAGCGUCAGAGUAGCCCCGGAAAGUCGAAGGGCAUCCGAUUCAGGCCCGGCCAUUCCAGUUCAAAGUUCUAGGCCAGCAAGCACGGUGCUCUCGAACAGUCGCCCGGGUGUCUGA